AUGGAGAAGUGGAGCUUAAUGACAAUUACUGUUUUACUGGCGCUUACUGUACGCUGGGCUGUAUCGCUUGGGUCUUAUUCAGGUGCAGGAAAACCACCUAUGUAUGGAGACUAUGAAGCUCAGAGACAUUGGCAAGAAGUUACUUACAAUUUACCCAUCAGGCAGUGGUACUUCAAUACAAGUGAUAACAACCUACUGUACUGGGGUCUUGAUUAUCCACCUCUUACUGCCUAUCACAGUUUUCUGUGUGCUUACAUUGCAAAGUUAAUAAAUCCUGAUUGGAUUGCUCUGCACACAUCUCGGGGGUAUGAGAGUCAGCCACAUAAGUUAUUUAUGCGUGCAACAGUGUUUGUUGCUGAUUUGCUGAUUUAUAUUCCUGCAGUUAUUUUAUAUUGUUUUUCCUUGAAAGAAACAUCUACUAAAAAGAAGGUUUCCAGUGCUCUCUGUAUACUGCUUUAUCCAGGCCUCAUUCUUAUUGACCAUGGACACUUCCAGUAUCCUUGUUUGAGCCUGGGCUUUGCCUUGUGGGGUGUACUUUGUUUGUCUUAUGACUGGGACCUUUUGGGGUCAGCAGCGUUUUGCUUGGCUCUAAAUUAUAAGCAAAUGGAACUCUACCAUUCUCUGCCCUUUUUUUGCUAUUUACUUGGAAAGUGCUUCAAGAAAGGACUGAAAGGAAAGGGAUUAGUGUUGUUAACUAAAAUAGCAGGGACAGUGGUGGCUUCCUUUGCUGUCUGCUGGCUCCCGUUCUGUACCGACAUGGAACAAAUCAUGCAAGUACUCAGAAGACUUUUUCCCCCCUUCCAGGAUAAAGUAGCCAAUAUUUGGUGCAGUCUAAGUGUCCUUAUAAAGAUAAAGAAUGUAGUAUCACCUCAAACUCAACUAAAACUCAGUUUUGCUGUAACGUUCCUGAGCCUGCUUCCUACUUGUAUAAAACUAACUGUCCAGCCUUCUCUCCGAGGAUUUAAAUUUGCUUUGGUUAGUUCUGCAUUGUCAUUUUUCCUGUUCUCCUUUCAAGUACAUGAAAAAUCUAUUCUUCUAGUGUCAGUACCAGUCUGCUUGAUCAUAAAUGAGAUCCCUUUUAUGGCCACGUGGUUUUUACUUGUGUCAACUUUCAGUAUGUUGCCUCUUCUGCUGAAGGACGGCCUGCUGCUGCCCUACGCUGUGACAAUGCUGGCGUUCCUGUCAGUCUGCACGGCUUCCUUUUCCAUAUUCGAGAAGAUUUCAGCAGAGGACCUGCAGCUCAAACCCUUCUCCCUUUCCCUGAAGGGCUAUGUUUCUUGGUUUAAGUCAUUUCCCAAGAUCGUCAGGAGUCUGUUUCUUCUUUCUGUAACCCUGAUGGGCAUCCUGUCUGUGGUGAGCGCCGCAGUGCAUCCUCCACAGAGGUUACCGGAUUUAUUCCCUACAGCUGUGUCUGUUAUCUCCUGCUUACACUUUUUAUUAUUUUUGGUGUAUUUUAAUGUUGUUAUACUCUGGGACUCAAAGAAUAGUAGAAGUCAGAAGAAAAUCAGUUAAUCAACC